CAUACGAUAGGGCGUGGCUGAGUACGCUCGUGCACGACGCGCUCAUUGUGAAAGUCACGAGCGCUUUGAAAACGAGUUCGACAACGCCAACAUAUUUCCGAGACGCCACUUUUAACGCAGUCAGCUCAACUGUUGUUGACGCUUGACAAGAUUUUAUGUAGUUUGGGCUUGAGUGAAUCUCACUUUUCUCCCCUGUCGAAGUUUGCAAACUCCAGUAAACCGCCGACCAGCUUGCUUGUUUGUUGGUGGCACGCACCCAGGGAAAGUCAGCCGAAAUUAGCGAAUGGCGUCGCUAAACGGAAAUGGCGAUGUUGACGAUUUCUCUUGCUUGUUUUGCGACCGACUUCUGUUCUGGUUCAGCGGAUUUCACAAAAACUUUCGACAUGGCGACACAAUCUCCUUACACUAACACAACGGAAAAUAUUACAGCGGUGACAUCUACAGUCCACUUAAAACCAAACACCGCAGUUAUUGCAGUGGUAGUGACGCUCAUCGUGCUGACGGUAAUCCUGCUGAGUGUCUUGCUGUAUCACUACAUGUGCCACAACAAGGGGGACUACAGGACCACGGGGGAGCUGGCCCCCGGCGAGGACCUCGACGAGGAUUCCGGUAACCAGACCGUUGGCGAAAAGAAGGAAUACUUCAUUUGAGAGACUGAAGGCCACUCAAAGGAGGAGUCGGAAGGAGGACCGCACACCAGCAGAAUGCCUAUCUGAAGAAAAUCUUGCGGGUGCAUGACACCAAAGAAAAUGUGUGUGUUGUAUUUUGGGACGUGUGGCAUGUGGCAGACAUGCAUGAAAGCUGUUAAAACAUGACUUUUUGUAUUAUAUAUUAUUGUGUGCUACAAUAUUUAUCAAACAUGCCUCUUGGGGUAAGAGACUCCAUGUUUUUAGCUGUUACCAUUUAAAAACAUUUUUUUUGUAUGCUUUCUGUCAUACUUCAGUUUGUCAUCCAUGUUUGACAUAAAUAUGGAAGGCAAUAAAGAUGUUCUGGAAAA